AUGGGGAUGUCGGAAGUGGCUCAAUGGUUUCUCACUAAUACGGAUAUCUGUUUGCAUCAAUCUGUCAAGAUUGAUAAAUCAACAAUAGGCGAUCCUGCAAGUGGUUAUGGGGUUUUUGUUGAUCUUUCAAAAACCGGGGUUAUGAAUGGCGAUAAAAAUACACUAGAACUUAUGAGGAUUCCUCAUGGGGUUACAUUUGAUGUGCACACUGUUUUCCAGGUGUUGAAUGACGGGACAUGGUACUCCUCAAGACAAGAGUUUGAAAAGACAAAGCAGAAAUUCAAGGAUGUCUUUGCACGUAUGCUUGAAUAUGAAGGAAUGAUGGAGUUGUUAAAUGAAUCAAAUACGCUAGUUGGCUUUUUCUUAGUAUGUGCCAUGCUCAGAGACGAAUACGAAUUGCCUUCUGUCCUUGUCUACUAUUUAGAUAACGUCUUAUUGGAAACGACUAUUGAAAAUGCUGCCAAACAUUUGGAUUUAUUAAUGGAAUACUAUGAACAGUAUGUGGAAUCACACUUGUUUUCAAAGAUGUUGAGGAAGUUUGAACAAUUUGCUGAUCGGAUUCCUCGAGAAACCGUUCGUCAAGUGUUUGCAGCGGUAAAAUCUCGGUGUCUUGAAAUACCACAGGAAUUGGACCAGGAUAGUGAUGAUUUCGUGGUCAAUUCGACCCUAGUUCCUCUCUUAGAUUUAUGCAAUCAUAGCAACAGGCCAAAUUCUCAUUUUGAUGUGGAUAGAGAGACGGGGGAUGUCAUUUUACUAUUAGACUUGGGUAAAUCCAAACCUUUAAAAGAUAAAUUCCAAGAAGUGUUCAUUUCCUACACUCCACUCGUAGAGAUGCUUUCUUUCCACAAUAACUAUGGAUUUGUUCCGCCUCCUGAUGAUUUCCAAUUCUUUAAUCUCUCCAUUGAAAGAGACUUUCUAUCUCAACAAAAAGUUGGUAAUAGAGAUCUUCGUCUUUUCUGCAAAUGGUUUAAAAUUAAUCCAGUGGUACAAUUGAUCCGAUACAAGGGGAAAUGGUACAUUAACGAUACUUUGGAAGCGUUUGCACUUUUGUUAUUACCAUUUUUACCGUUACCGGACGAUUUCACCAAAUCUUGCUGGCAUUACGACGAUAGGAACUACGAAACUUUUGCCCAUUUCCACCAAUUUCUUAACGAUAAUGAUUUUACUGACUUCACACAAAGUCUCAAAUUUUACAAACGUGAAAUUCGCCAGCAAGAGCACCAAAACUGUGAUACCAUCUGGUUUCCCCAGCUUGCCUGGUGUUUCCGUUAUAAGGAUGAUGGUGAACUUUUACGUAGACGCGUAGAACAGAUUGAUGCAUUGGAAUUAGCACCUUUUGAAGAUCGAAAGCAAUUUGAAUUAGUCAUUGAACGUUUUAAGGAGUUUUUUGUCGGCUACCUAGAUCAUAGAGAAUCGACACUGAGGAGUUACCAAGGAGAUAACGAAUCAUUUAACCAAUUGUUACACCUUGAACUUGAUAUUUUACAGCAAUUGAACAAUGGACUAAAACAGAAUCAAGUGCAAUUCUGGAGUGAUAUAGACACCGAUGCUCAGGAGGUCCCACAGUUGCCUUUUGUCUGGAAACCAAGCGGCCAAGAGAUACAGAAUGACGAGAAUUUGGAAUUGGACUGGGAAAUGCUAAGUAUAAAACCCUACAAUCCCAGAGAACUGACAGAUUUCUACGAUGAAGAGUUACACAGCUUCUUGCAAGUGAUGCAGGGUUAG